AUGGCCACAACCACCGACGAGUCCGGCUAUGUCUUUGCACCCGGCACCGUCACCCUCGAAGACCUCCACAGGACCAACGACCAGCUCGUUCUGCAGCCACCUCCCACCUCGGAUCCAAAUGACCCUCUGAAUUGGUCCAAGUGGCGCAAGGUGCUCAAUUUUGGUCUAGUCUCAUACUAUGUGCUGUGGACAUUCGUUCAGCUCGAUAUCGGGUUUACAGCCUGGGGCCCGUUGAUAGAGCAAUUCAACUUCUCGAUUGAUACGCUCAAUGCAGGCGCAGCUGUCAAUUAUGGAGGUCUUGCCGUUGGCUGCAUCUUCUUCAUCCCUCUCGUCCACAAGUACGGCCGACGUCCUCUAUACAUUUUCAGCGUUGCCGUUCAGUUUGCCUCUUGCAUUUGGCAAGCCGAAAUCAACAAUGCAGGGACUUUCCUCGGCGCAAACAUCCUGUCCGGUCUGGGAGGCGCCAUCUCGGAGACCGUCGUCCAGAUCACCAUCGCCGAUAUCUUCUUUGUGCAUCAGCACGCUACCAUGAAUGGUUGGUACCUUGUCUUCACAGCAACUGGAGCCUUUCUGGGUCCAGUAGCUUCUGGAUACGUGGUCGACUCCAUGGGCUGGCGCUGGAUGUGGUGGUGGUGUGUCAUCUUCCUUGGAAUCAACCUCGUUGCUGUCCUCUUCUUCUUCGAGGAGUCAAAGUACAUUCCGACAAUGCUAGGGCAGAGAGCCACCGUGACCCAAGGUGCACGACGAGCAAGCUUAGAAGGCGAGGAGCCAACAAAGCAGGAUACCGUCAAGGGGGCCGAAGCUGGUACUAUGGAGAGGGCACUCUCACAUAUCGAUCAGUCCAUUCCGAUGAAGAACCACCGACAGCGACUCGCGUUGGUCACCAAGUCCGAAGGCCCAAUUUCGCAACACUUCUGGCAGCCCGUCGUUGUCUUGUUCACCUUCCCCGCUGUGACCUAUACAGCGCUUACCUAUGGCCUUAUUCUGGCAACCUUCGCCAUCAUGACCUCGGUCCAAGCAACCUACCUCAUCCUCCCCCCAUACAACUUCGGCGCCGAUGGUGUCGGUCUCAUGAACCUGCCACCAUUCAUUGGCUCAAUCUUCGGCUUCUUCGUCGGAGGCUGGCUGAACGAUUGGUCGGUCUUGUGGCUUGCAAAGCGAAACAAGGGCAUCUUCGAACCCGAAAUGCGUCUAUGGCUGGCACUUCCUGCCGCCCUGCUGAUUCCCGCUGGCAUACUGAUGUUCGGUCUCGGACUAGCUAAUGGCGUCCACUGGAUCUUAUUGGCUGUGGGAUACGGAGUCUGGGGUUUUGGAUUCGUCGUUGCGACAGACAUCAGCCUUGCCUACUGUACAGACUGCUAUCAAGACAUCGUAGGUGAUGCUCUAGUAGGUGUCAUUUUCUGCCGAAACAUCUUCUCAGUCGUCAUUUUAUUCGUGCUCACGCCGUGGGUGGAAGGGAUGGGCAUCCAGAACCUCCAUGUUCUGACGGCAUGUAUCAUAUUCCUUGUGUUGUUGCUGCCUCUGCCAUUGCUGAAAUGGGGCAAGCUGGCCAGGAUCAAGACUGCCGAGCGCUAUAAGCUGAUGGCCAUGAAACAGCCCACGAGCCGCACGUUUUGA